AUGGCACUCGUCAUCGCCACCGAUGUCUUAACAGGCGUACAACGCAAUAGCAUAGGGAGAUCAGGCAACACCACCGUCGCGGCACAGCAGCUGUCGAGGCCGAUCGAAGGCAUGACAGGUGGCACUGGCAACAACCGAAGGAGAACGGAAGAGACCAACGCGGGAGGCCUGGAGAUCCUUGGAAAACCUGGGACAGACAUCAGCACAAUUGGCGGCGGCAGAUAA